GUGUAUAUUUUGAUUUUUUCAAGUCGGCCACCAUUUUAAUCAUGAGAAUCUCCCCUUUGUAAUUAUGUAAGUCUGGGCAGCGAGCUCACUUGUCAUGAAAUGCUAGCCCAAAAAUAAUGUUUUGGAACCCUGAGCUCAGCCCAUUGUUUUCCUAUGGAGAAGCAUGCAGGUCUAUUUCGCCAAAUAUCUCUCAAUGUGUAUAUUUUGAUUUUUUUCAAGUCGGACACCAUUUCAAUCAGGAGAAUCUCCUCUUUGUAAUUAUGUAAGUCUGGGCAGCGAGCUCGGUUGUCAUCCAUCACUAGACCAGAAAUAGUCAGAAGCUUUCAUUUGUUCCAUACUUCCUCAUUACGCAGACAUAAGCACUGUUGACACCAUCGAGGUGCGGAUGUUUACUUUCUACACGAGUUUUUUUUUUUUUCGUCCUAAGAACAGAUUGUAGUGGUGAUAUGAAAAGGGAUACAUUUUUUUGUGUGCCAUUUAGGCAAAAUUGAAUUCUAAGCAUCAUUCCAAUCAAAAUAGGCUCUGCGAACGUUCGAUUCAAUUCAUUUGCUAUGGGCUCGCGCUAGUGUUUCAGCUUAGCCAACGUUCUAUUGCCGUUUUUCAGCCUUGGGUGAAUUUUGACUCGUUCUAUUGUCCAGCCUAGCAUUGGCACGAGCUUGAAAGUAUAUCGUUACAAUCUAGUGUCCAUAACAAGCUAGCUAGUUGUGCUGCUAGCCUAGCCACACCGGCCAGCUGUCCUUCAAAUUCCUUGAUUAGGGGUUUUUAAAACACAAAAUGGCGACUCCAGUCAACGUCCAAAACCCCAGUAAGACGUGGGAGCUGAGCUUGUAUGAGCUGCACAGGAGCCCACAGGAGGCGAUCAUGGACGGCACAGAGAUAGCGGUGUCCCCCAGGAGCCUCCACAGUGAGCUGAUGUGCCCCAUCUGUCUGGACAUGCUUAAGAACACCAUGACCACUAAGGAGUGCCUCCACCGCUUCUGCUCCGACUGCAUCGUCACUGCACUCCGAUCAGGGAACAAGGAAUGCCCCACGUGCCGAAAGAAGCUGGUGUCGAGACGCUCGUUGCGGCGCGACUCCAAUUUCGACGCCCUUAUCUCCAAGAUCUACCCCAGCCGGGACGAGUACGAGGCCCACCAGGACCGGGUGCUGGAGAGACUCAACCGGCUGCACAAUAAGCAGGCGCUCAGCUCCAGCAUCGAGGAGGGGCUGCGCAUGCAGGCGCUUCACAGACCCCCCAGAGCCCAGCGAGUGCGCAAACCGGCGCAGGAGAGCGACAACACAACCUUCAGCGGCGGCGAGGACAACGGGGAAGCACGCUCACACCUCUCCCAUGACUCCGCUCCCUCCCUCGCGCCACUCCCCCCGAGCCACACGCCCUCCGAAGCCGGGCCCAGCCGGAACCCCAAGCGGCUCAGGGUGUCGGACGGGUCGGGCCCGGAGGUGGAUGGGGGCAGCCCCACGCCCCCGCUCCGCCGCCACAAAGAGGGCCCCGGCUUGGAGAUAGAGCUUGUGUUCCGCCCACACCCCCUGCUGGUCAACACACAGGACUACAGCCAGACCAGAUAUGUGAAGACCACAGCCAAUGCAACAGUGGACCACCUGUCUAAGUACCUGGCUCUGCGUAUCGCUUUGGAGGACAAACAAGGAGACAGCCAAUCAGAUGCAGGGACGGAGAAAGGGAAAGAGGGGGGGGCUAAAGGAGAGGAAGUAGCAGCAGGAGAAGGGGCCAGCCUGAAGAAUAUCAGUGAGAAACAAUACACCAUCUACAUCACAACGUCAGGGGGCCAGUUCUCUACUCUGAACGGCUCCCUGACUCUGGAGCUGGUGAAUGAGAAGUACUGGAAGGUCAGAAAGCCUCUGGAGCUCUACUAUGCACCCACCAAGGACCAACAGCCUCAACCAUCCCAGCCAAAGUCCCCACAGCCCAAAGAGGGUGAGGAGCCCUCCCUCUUCAGCCUUUAUCACUCCCUGUCUCUGACCGCCUACUGAUCAUGUGUUGGAGAGACUGUAAGAUUUCUGUGUGUUACAUGUAGCUGCUUCGAAGGUAAUCAUUGGGAACAUUCCAUAGAUUGCUGAAGGUCUUAAACUUUGUCCUCAGAAUCUGAUGUUUUUCUGUUUUCAGUAGCUUCAAAUGAAACCUGAGUGUGAAGUUGUUUUUAGAAUUCCUACAAAUCAGAUCUGUGUCAUCCUUUUUUCCUUCAUCUAACGGUUAACUGAAAAUGCGGUCUGGACUGGUGCACUCACUGCCAGACAACACAUACGUAGUCCAGCCUUCUUUCAAACCACAGACCACAAAGUAUUGAUGCUUGACAUUGCGCCAUAUUCUGUCAAUACAUCAUUUCAGAUUAGCGUGAGGAUUUUACAUUAGAAAAUGCUGUGGAGAUUAACCUUUUUCUUUUGAGAUUUGGGAUGACCAGUGGUCAAAGGAUUGUUGAAUUGAAUAUAUUCAAGAAAACUGCUAUAUAACAGUAGAUUAAGACUGUUCUAGGCUUGCUUUGAAAUUAAUGUUUAUUUAUCAAAGGUAUUUAAUUUCUUGAAGACCUAUGCUGCUUAUGGAGAAUGUCAAGUAAUAAUGGUCAGUGGAGUUUAUCCUAAUGCUAGUUUCACGGCUUUCACUACCUUUAUCAAGUCUUACCUGAUGCACUUUGUUCUGCUGGCAUAUGGGUUCUUUUACCUCAGCUUUUCUAUGAUCUUUGUACAAUUAAAGCAAUAUCCCAUUUGGAACUGUUACUCAGCUUGUUAUAUAUUGCAAUUCCUCUGUUUCAGAGCCUUAAGAUCCAGUCAGCACAAUAAAACUGCAAGGAUUGCAUUGA